AUGAGCAACUUUAGCCAGACAAUGCCACAAGAAAUGGUUGUUGUUUUUCUGGAAGUACAAGGGCUGCAGAAGGAGAGCUGCUUCUUCCCAAUGGACAAGUUUAUAAACUGCUGCUUUACUACAAGUGAGAAAAAGUCAUUGUCUGACACAACACAAUCUCUAUUGAUCCUUUCUCUGCCAGUAUCUGGAGACUGGAACAACUACCUAUCUAUGUUGGGGAGCAAAAAUUCAGCUGAACCUAUAACAAUUCAGCCAUGUGCCACUGGUAACCUUGCUACUUCCAGCAUGACAACCCUCUUACACACUGGAGGCAACUGGUCCACUGGUCUAUUUGAUAUCUGCAGUGACAAGACAAUUUGUAUGUGUGGCUUGUUCUGUAGUCCCUGUCUGGAAUGUAGACUUGCGAGCAAGUAUGGUGAGUGCUUUUGCUUCCCAUUGCUACUGGGUUCAACCUUAGCCCUAAGAGCCGGCAUCAGAGAGAGACACAGCAUACAUGGAACUCUCUGCGAAGACUGGAUGGCAGUUCAUUGCUGCUGGCCUUGUGCAGUCUGUCAAAUGGCUCGAGAAAUGAGGAUAAGAUCUCUGUUCCAGGUCUACAAAAUGCACCGAUCCUCUCCUCCUCUUCUGGCCAAAGAUACACUUGUUUAA